AUGUCAUCAUCAUUCGUUGCUAAAUCCCUGGUUCCCGCGAGCGGCGUGCGCUUACCUCCGCUGCCUACUAUUCGGGAUCUAGUUCGGCUCUACAAGUUGCGCGCCAUCAAACAAUUAUCGCAAAACUUUCUCAUGGAUGAAAAUCUGACAGGGAAAAUUGUGCGAUCUGCCGGAAAUAUUAAGGACAAAUACGUAUUGGAGGUUGGCCCAGGACCCGGUGGUAUUACAAGAUCCAUUAUUCGCAAGUUUCCUCGUCAUCUGGUUGUGGUGGAAAAGGACAGACGAUUUUUGCCCACGUUAGAACUGCUGGCAGAUGUUUCCAAAGAUUAUCUUCAAAUGGAUAUUGUGCGUGGAGACAUAUUGGACUAUCCUACUGCGGAGGCAUUCCCAGAUUGCCCUAAAUCAGAUUGGAAUGGAAAAAGGGCACCUAUAAACAUAAUCGGAAAUUUACCAUUUGCCAUUUCCACAAGACUGCUCAUAAAUUGGCUACGCGAUAUCAGUCUUCACAUUGGUGUCUGGAAUUUGGGACGAGCCAGUUUAACUUUAACUUUCCAAAAAGAAGUGGCCGAGAGAAUAGUUGCCCCUAUGCUUUCCGAAUACCGAUGUCGGUUGUCUGUUAUGAAUCAAAUCUGGAGUCGACCGGAAUUGAAAUUUAUUAUUCCUGGACAGGCUUUCGUACCCAAACCGGAUGUCGAUGUAGGGGUCGUCACGAUUGUUCCGUUGAAAACGCCUCUCACCACAGUUCAUUUCGAUAUUGUUGAGAAAGUUGUGCGACAUAUUUUUUCCAUGCGUCAAAAAUAUUGCCGCCGUUGUGUUUCCAAUUUGUAUCCGCCGGAUAAGCGAGAUGAACUAACGCAGUUGACGUUUCAAAUGGCGGACGUAGAUCCGUUGGCUCGAUCGUUUCAACUUUCUACCGAGGAGUGCCUUCGAAUAGUUGAGGCGUACGAUCAGUUGGCGUUAAAGCAUCCAGAACUCCGCAAUUAUGAUUAUAGAGCUCCCAAAGCUCAGAUGGUAGAUGAAGGGCACUGAAUUAACACGAAUGAUGUGAUUAGUAAAUAAACUAGACAUAAAGAAUAAAA